AUAUCUGUCAAGAUAACGUGAAAUGUCAAAAAAUGAUUUUGAAUUUGACGUGUAGAAAAAAAUAUUUGUAAUAAAAAUAUUUUUAAAAAUAAAAAGAAAUACAACAAGUAUUUCUAUAAAAAUGUCCCAGCACAUGAUAAACGAGAACAGUAAAUAUAUACUGGACUUGUUUUCAGAACAGACGAUAGACUCGCAGAGUUUAGAUUCGAUUUGUGUUCAAGUGCAAAAGAAAUUUCCCAAAACUGACCAUUUUAAUUUAUGCCUCCUCCUCUCAUCCUUGAUCACAGGGGGUGAUCUGCCACUGCCCGGCCAGCGGGUUGUAGCUCUAGCAUUGCUGUUUGAUAUAUACAAAGUGGACAAUCCGUUCAGCUCCCUCUUCCUGCACCUGCUGGAGGGGAAACCGGGGCUACUGCCCCUCGCACCACAGGAGAGACUGUUCAUAGGACAACUGCAUGGGUUCCUACCCGUUAAUAUUAAAGAUGUUAUGAAGAAGACUGCCAAGCUAGUGAUGCUGACGGAAGUCUCGCCCAAGGAGCUGGAGUAUGACUAUUCAUCGCUGCAGGUGCUAGUGGCCGAAAGAAUCGCUGACAUGAGCUCUAUGGCGCGCGCGACGGCGCCCGCUCUCAUACCGCUCAGCGAUGGCCCCCCCAAUCGCAUCGCCCUGAAGGAGUUGCUGGAGGCGCUGAUGUCGAACGACUACCUGCCGCUGCACCGCACGCUGCAGGCCGCCGGACCCAUCCCGCCUCCCACGUUCCUCAUGGACACCAACGACAUACCAUUCGCUGAUGAGGCUGUGUGGAAGAACCUGGUAAACAGAGGGACAUACAUUCCUAUGUACGACUCGGACUAUACAGGAUUGACGGGACUCAAGAUGGACAGAGUAGACAAAAGGCCACACACGAACCAACUCCCACACAAGCCGAAGGUUAGUGAGCCAGAAGAAAAGAAAGAGAAGCCAGAAGAGAAGAAGAUGGAGGUAGAUGGCCCCACGGCGGUGGCAGAAGCGAAGGAGUUGACCCUGGUGGCGCUGAAGGGAGCCCUCAGCGUGCAGCACCAGCAGCGCCUGCUCGCGUUACUCGACCAGGACCCUAACAUCGUCUACGAGAUAGGCAUCACGCCCAACCAGUUACCAGAGCUAGUGGAGAACAAUCCGAUGGUGGCAAUCUCCGUGCUGCUGAAGUUGAUCCACUCUCAGCACAUCACCGAGUACUUCAGCGUGCUUGUCAACAUGGAGAUGUCGCUGCACUCCAUGGAGGUCGUCAACAGGCUCACCACGUCCGUGGACUUACCGGUGGAGUUUGUGCACUUAUACAUUAGCAACUGCAUAUCGACGUGCGAGACGAUCCGCGACCGGUACAUGCAGAACCGGCUCGUGCGCCUCGUCUGCGUGUUCCUGCAGUCGCUCAUCAGGAACAAGAUCAUCAACGUCAAGGAGUUGUUCAUCGAAGUGGAGGCGUUCUGCGUGGAGUUCAGCCGUAUCCGCGAGGCGGCCGCGCUGUUCCGCCUCCUCAAGCAGCUCGACUCCGGCGACCACAAGGAAGCCAAGGACUAGCACUCGCCUGCGGAGGACUCCUCCGCCUCCGCCUCCGCCGCCACCUCCGCCCUCUGCUGCGACGCGCCAGCCGCGGACGCUUCACGACAAGUGCUCAACUGAACGGACUAAAACAUUCUAUAUUGUACAUAAAGAUGCACGUCCAAUGCGACUUCUGGACUUGCGUGCAACUGUAGUGCUGUCCAGUGUUAACAUACCUGUCACAUAUUCACAUAUAUAUCGACGGUUAAAAGGCUAAUUGACUUUACAAUUUUUUCGAAAAAUUUUAACUAGAUUAAAAAAUCAUAGACAAAAGUGA